CCCUUUGCUGCCACUCAUUUCGCCCAAGAUGGCCGCGCCCCAGAAGCUCCAACACUCGAUCGUCGGCCUUGGCAACCCGCUCCUCGACAUCUCGGCCAAGGUGCAUGACGCCUUCCUCACCAAGUAUGGCAUCACGGUCGACAAUGCGAUCCUCGCCGAGGAGAAGCACCUGCCCAUGUACGACGAGCUCACCAAGGAGUUCCAGGCCGAGUUCAUCGCGGGCGGCGCGACGCAGAACUCGAUCCGCGUCGCGCAGUGGAUGCUCAAGAACCAGUGCGCGAACGCGACCUCGUUCUUUGGCUGCGUCGGCAACGACGAGUUUGGCAAGGUGCUCAAGGACUGCGCGGUCAAGGACGGUGUCAACGCCCACUACAUGGUGCACGACAAGGUCUCGACCGGCACGUGCGCCGUGUGCGUCAACGAGGCUGGCGAGCGCUCGCUCGUCGCCAACUUGAGCGCGGCCAACGAGUUUGAGCUCGCGCACUUGGACGACGAGGCGAGCAAGACCAUUGUCGAGAACGGCAAGCUCUACUACUCGGCCGGCUUCCAUUUGACCGUGUGCCCGCAGGCCAUCAUGAAGCUCGCCGAGCACGCCGCGUACUCGAACAAGAUCUUUAUGCUCAACCUCUCGGCGCCGUUCAUCGUGCAGUUCUUCAAGGACGCGCUUAUGCCUGCGGUCCACCACGCCGACUUUGUGUUUGGUAACGAGAACGAGGCGCUCGAGUUUGGCAAGUCCCAUGGCUGGGGCGAGGACCUCGCGGUCAUUGCGCUCCGCCUCUCGCAGCUGCCCAAGGCUUCGGGCUCGCGCUGCCGCACGGUCGUCUUCACGCAAGGCGCCAAGCCCACGAUCACGGUGCACAACGGCACCCUUCGCCUCUUCGAUGUCCCGACGCUUGACCAGAAGGAGAUCGUCGACACGAACGGUGCUGGUGAUGCUUUCGUCGGCGGCUUCAUCGCGCAGUUGGCGCUGGAGCAGCCCAUCGAAAAGUGCGUCGACGCGGGUCACUGGGCCGCGCAGGUCGUCAUUCGCCGCUCGGGCUGCACCUUCCCCGACUCGUGCGACUACAAGUAAAGUAGAAGGCAUACUAUAAGAUAACAUACUAGGAUCGAUUUGGGAACCACUA